AUGGGAAAAAUGCUUGAAAGGGUCUUCUGCAAUUCCAUCACCGCCUUCAUCGACAGAAGCAGCAUACUAAACGAAUACCAAUUUGGCUGCCGUAAAGGGUACUCUGCCCCAGACGCAUUGCUCAAGCUGAUCAACGACAUCAAAUCCAAGCAAGAAACCAACCCCAAGACCAGAACCUCAGCAAUAAUGGUAGAUAUUAAAGGAGCAUUUGACAAUGUUGACCAUAAGCAUCUGUUAGAGACCCUUGAUAAGAAAAAUUUCCCACAAGGCACCAUCGAAUGGAUAAGCAGCUUCAUCACUAACCGCAGCACUGCUAUCAUCACGGAUGGCAUUGUUGACAAAACCAGACCAACAACCAAAGGAAUACCACAGGGAUCCCCGCUCUCCCCCAUUCUCUUCAACAUUUACACAACAGGACUAUAUCAUAGACUCUCUGAAAUACCGGGUAUCAAAUUCGCAGGAUUUGUAGAUGACGUCACAAUUUAUUGUCACGACUCCCAAGCCAGAGCCACCAACUCACUAGGGCUAGCCCUCAAAGCCUGCGUUGAAUGGGCAACCAAGGCGCACACCGAGAUCGACCUAGGGGACAAACUAAACUUCAUUCACUUUGGCAACAAGACCGCAAACCCGCCAAGACUCCCUGUACCCUGCCAACAAACGCUUCGUGAACCGCAAGACGAGGCCAAAGUACUAGGAGUCAUACUAGACCGCAAGCUCAACUUUAAACCCCACAUAUCACUCAAAAAAGAACAAGCCAUCCAAGCCAUUAAUUUCAUCACCCGUCUGGGAGGUACAACGGAUGGCCUCACGGGAUUCGCUUUCAAGCUCCUCUACAACUCAUGUAUAGUACCCAUUAUCUCCUAUGGAGUGGGAGUAUGGGGUAACAACCCCAACACCGUCAAAAAAAUGGGCAACUCCAUCCAACUAACCCAAAACAUCGCACUACGGAGAAUGCUUGGUGCAUACCGCACCACCCCAAUCUACAUACUUCACAGAGAAGCAGGUGUCCUCCCUCUGCACAUUAAACUCGAAGAUCUGGCGAGAAGGGCGGCACACCGCCUCUCGGACCCCACAAGAACACACAGGGACAACCCCACCAAAGCUCAACUCCUAAGCGGAAGCGUAGCUGCUGAAGCCAACAGCAGACUAAACAGCAUCAACCGCAUCAUCAGCGUCAACCGACCUAGAAUCAGCCCAGCCCAGGCAUCCAAGCGCAGGGCCCUCAUCCAGUGGCAACAUGAACACGCCAUUGCAACUACCAAGGCAUCUAAUAGCCCCCACCAACCAUGGUACAAGGGAACUUACCCGAACAACAAAGUAGAAACUAACAACAACAAACUACAACUCAGAAGAGCCAUGGAAGGCCCCAGACACAUUCUGUCAGGAGCCAUCCAACUCAAGACAGGACAUGGUAGAUUCGCCAAGUACAUUGCAGAACGCACCAAGAACGAAGAAAACAUACAAAACAAGUGCCCGCUCUGUGAAGCGGAACCGGAAACCCCCAAACACAUACUCACAGCAUGCCCAUGCUAUGACUUCAUCCCAACUUCCCUUCGCAUCGGGAACCCCUUUCACCUUUUCACGAACGACCUUUAUGACAUAAUCUCACAAGUCGUCCAGACUGCAAAACUUGACACCCAAGACAGAUUUUAUUAA